AUGAUUCAGCGCUUCCACCGACAGCUCAAGGCAGCCAUCAUGUGCCACCGCAACUCAACCUGGCUCGAUGCUCUCCCAGCCGUCCCUCUUGGUCUGCGCGCUACUUUCAAAUCAGGUAUUCAGGCCAUACCCGCAGAACUUGUCUACGGGGAACCGCUUCGCCUACCUGGGGAAUUUCUCCCCGAAUCAACUCCUGACAUCACCAGCUCGGACCAUACAGACUUUGUCACCCGGCUCCUUCGCAUAAUGGGAACCCUGCGCGCAUCGCCAGUGGAACCUCACACCAAGCUGACUCCGUUCGUGUUUAAGGACUUAGCAACAUGCUCGCAUGCCUUUCUCCGCGACGACACUGUACGCACGCCUUUCCUACUCCUUUACUCCGGACCAUACCAAGUCAUUCGUCGUGAUGACAAGACAUUCAACCUGCCAAUCAACGGGAAGGACGUUCGCGUCUCCAUCGACUGA